GGCGGUUUCUGCUCGCGGGCCCCGGGUGGGCCUCCCGAGGGCCGAAGCGGCGGCGCUGGCGCCGUGAUGGGUCGGCCGCUCAGGAGGAAAGCAAGCCACAGGCCGCCGUGGCGCUCGCCCUGGCGGGCGGCAUCGGCAUCAUCCUCUCGGACCAGAGCAUCCACUCGCAGGCCUCCGCGGUUCGAAGGGUCAAGAGCUACUCUGGCGGGCUCGUGCUGGAGCCCCCCACGCUCAGCCCAAGCACACGCUGGCCGACCUGGACCGGCUGCGGCGCGAGCGCGGCACGACGUACGCCUGCGUCACCGAGACGGGCUGCGUGGGCGACCGCCUGGUCGGCCUCGUGACUUCCCGGUGCGCGGACGCAGUGGAAGACCGCGGCUCCAAGGUCGGGGACGUCAUGGUGACCAGGCUGGUCACUGGGCGGGAGCCCCUCAGCCUGGAGGAUGCCGUGGCCAAGCUCCGCAGCGCCAAGGUCGGCAAGCUGCCCAUCGUCGACCGCGAGGGGAACCUCUCCUCCCUGGUGUGCCGGAGCCACCUGACGAAGCUCCGAAGGUUCCCCCUGAUGUCGCGGGACCUGGCCGGUUGCCUCCUGGUCGGCGCUGCGGUGGACCCGUGCGACCCGGACGCCUGGGACCGCGUCGCGGCUCUGCACGGGGCCGGCGCAGACGUCGUCCUGCUGCACCUCCGGGGGAGCCCAGGCGAGCGGGCCUCGGAGCUGGCGCGGCGGAUUCAGAGCGAGUGCCCGCGCUGCGAGGUGCUGGUGGGCCCCGUCGGGUCCGGCAGGGACGCGAAGCGCCUCCUGCAGGCUGGCGUGGGCGGGAUCCUGGCGGACGGCGACGAGGAGGCCCUCGCGGGAGGCGCCCCCAGCGCCGUGCGACAGGCCGGGGCCACCGCGGUGUACGAGGUCGCCAAGCAGGCAGAGCUCCACGGCGGGUGCCCCGUGAUCGCCGGCGGGGCGAUCAGGAGCGCAGGGCAGGUGCUGAAGGCCCUCGCGUUGGGGGCAUCGGCGGUGAUGGUGGCGGAGGCGCCGUGCCAGGCGGGCGGGCCCCAGGGCUCCGGGGAUCCUGCGGCCGCGGCGGCGCUGGCCUCCUACCUGGCGACCGGCGUGCGGAACGGCAUGCAGGAUCUGGGGAAGAAGAGCCUCAGGGAGCUCCACGCCGCACUGAGGAGCGGCGACCUCCGCCUGGAGUGCCGCACGGCCGCGGCGGCGCACGCCCGGGCGGCGCUCGCCAGCAGCGCCCAGCGCGCGCUGCGGCCGCCGGCGGUGGCGUAGCGCGCCCUCCACUGCGGCAGGGACUCGGCGCCAGCGGAGCCACCCGCUUCACCGGCAGCCGCGGCGCCCAGACCGAGCGCGCCCGCCGUGGGCCGGCG